UCGCAACUGCUAUGAAGCCGUGUACGUGACAAAUUGGAUUUCUGUAAUGACGGCCCCGAGUAGUUUACUAUGCUGACGUAGUGGUUCACGAUGGCGGUUAUCAGUAUUUUGGUUAUGAUAGCUCACAUGUGAUUUAACUUCUGUUAUUUUGUAAUAUUAUUUAUUGUCACAGCAUAUUUUAUAUAAAAUGGAAAUAGACCACAGAGCAAAGAAAAGAAUUAAAGAAAUCAAGAGAAAAGCAAGACCAGAACUGAAUGAUAAAGGAGAUUGGACACAACUUGGGUAUGCCCAGAGGUUUGACCCUUACAAAUUGGUGAAUGACAAUGUAGAGAGAAUACAUGUGAAGGAUUUUUCACCUAAGGCUUUUAUAGAAAAGUAUGAGAGUAUAUACAAACCAGUAGUCAUUCUUGGUAUACAAGACAAGUGGAAAGCAAAACAUAAAUGGAAUCUUGAGAAGCUGGCAAAGAAGUACAGGAAUCAGAAGUUUAAAUGUGGUGAAGACAAUGAAGGUUACAGUGUGAAAAUGAAAAUGAAAUAUUAUGUCCAGUAUAUGGAGACAACCUUGGAUGACAGUCCAUUGUAUAUAUUUGAUAGCAGCUUUGGUGAGCACCCUCGUAGGCGACGGUUGCUGGAGGACUAUGAAGUUCCAGAAUACUUCCAAGAUGACUUAUUCCAGCAUGCUGGAGAAGAGCGUCGUCCCCCCUAUCGUUGGUUUGUCAUGGGACCAGCUAGAUCAGGCACUGGUAUUCAUAUUGAUCCACUUGGAACAUCUGCUUGGAAUGCUCUUAUAUCUGGUCACAAAAGAUGGUGCCUUUUUCCAACUCAUACACCACGUGAGUUACUUAAAGUAACUUCAUCAGAUGGAGGCAAACAACGUGAUGAAGCAAUAACUUGGUUUACUGUGAUAUAUCCCCGCACUCAGUUGCCAACGUGGCCAGCUGACUGCAAACCUGUAGAAAUACUGCAGGGCCCCGGAGAGACUGUAUUUGUACCUGGUGGAUGGUGGCAUGUAGUUCUUAACCUUGAUACCACUAUUGCUGUCACACAAAACUUCUGCAGCCGUACCAAUUUUCCCAUUGUUUGGCACAAAACUGUACGAGGAAGACCAAAGUUAUCCCAAAAGUGGUACCGUGUAUUGAAGGAGAAGGAGCCAUCGCUAGCAGCCAUUGCUGAUUCUGUGAAUGUGAAUGAAAGUACAGGUGUGGCAUCAGACAGUUCCAGUGGCAGCUGCUCAACAUCGAGCUCCAGUGACUCGGAUUCUGACUCUGGCUCGUCACAAUCGCAUACUACAUCGCCAGCACAGAAGCGAUCACGCACGAGAUCUCGUUCCUCUUCAAGUGAUAGUGGUCAGGAAUCACUCACUGCCCACAAGAAAAAGAGGAGAAAAGCAGUCCAGUCACCAAAGGCUCCAUCAUAGUGCAUGAUAUACCAUGCAUUAUAAUGUUUUGACAUUUACUUCAGCAACCAAACCACCUACUACAGUACAUCAGCAUGAAGAUUCAAUAUUUUUUAUAAGCAAACAAGUGAUAAGGCUCCCAUAGAAUGGCAGCAAUGAACAGUGGUUGAAGUUAGUGGCCAUUAGAUAUAACUGACUGGGAUUUUUAAAAGUUAGGAAAUUUUUCAUAGUUUUUUUUGUGUGUGUUUCAUUUUCCGUUGUAAAAGUUUUUUAGUGUGCUCCACUUUUAAGACAUUGUGAUUUUUUCCUGCCUAACUUUCCUAUUUUAAAAUGUUUAUGGCAUUACUUUAUUAUCUCUAGUCUGGCUUGGGGAGGGGGAAAAUCAGGAUCCCAUGAAUUGUGAAAUGAAAUGUUUUUGAGGAGGGGAGGAAGAAAUAGAAGUAGAGCAAUGGAGCUAUUGCUGUGAUGUACACAAGGUCAGUAUAAUUUAAAACUUUUACUCUCCUCUAUGUACACAGUCAUAUUUACUUUUGUUACAUGUAAAUUUGAAAAAGCCAAUUGGCGUUCAACAUCAGACUGCUUCCUCAACUACAGCAGCCACUUUAAACUGUUUCAUUAAAUGUUUUGAGUCUGUUGGUCUUUUUAAUUUCAACCAAAGGCAGUAGACAUAACAGGUAAGGUGCCGAAUAAGAAGACAUAUUGUUAGCUACAGGAAUUAAAUUGCAGUGUUCAUAGGUGACUUGGUGGGGAAAAAAUUUCUUGUAGAUGUUCAUAGAACAAUUUUUUGACAGCAAAAUAUGUGCUUAUAUUACGUUCACUUAUCACAUAUGUGGCUGAUACCGGAGCCUAUCAGUACUUUGAAUUUACAAUAGGAAAUAACUUUUACUUUAGAUAAGUGCAUAAUAGCCAAUUGUUCCGGUAAACAAAAAAUAUAGUGUCUUUAAAUUAAUUUUUACCCUUGCUUCCACAUGUUAUUUUUGUCUUUUAAUAAUCAGACCCUGUGCGGAACCUUUCACUUAUGCCUAUUUGUAAAACUAUUAUCAGUUCUUUACUGCACUGUGCAGUAACAUAAGUCAAACAGAAAUAAAUGAUAACAUUGACUGCUGCACCUGUAAACAGCCUCGUUCUGAUCUAACUUAGGUGAGAUGAUCUGCAAAUCACUUAUCAGUGUCGUUUCUCUUAUGUGGAAAAAAAUGAGUUAUCACAGUUUAUCAAUUUAAAACUACUUAGAUUAUUUCUAUAAUAUCAAAUGCAGAAAAUCAGAAGAGCAAUUCAUAUUAUAGAAAUACCUGUACAAGUUUUGUGUCAGUUUUAGUAACAUGGAUGUAUGAAGUAUGUAUUUUAUUGUGGUGUAAAACUGGAUAUUUAUUCAAAGCACUUUUACUUGAAUUUCACUAAACAGUAUUGGUUAGAAAGACUGUAGAGUGGUGUAGGCACUAUGUACUCAUAAAUAUUGUGUGUGUGACAUAUUUUCACUUCUGAAGAAGUGUGAAUCAGCUUUACAACAGUAUGGGUACAUCAAGUACUCUUUGAUAUCUUAACAAUACAUGAACUGAUGUUACUUAAUGUGUUUGAGUUACAAAGAAAUUGUGUUCUGAAUCCAUAUUUCUGUGGCCACCCAUCUGAUUUAAAAAAAAAAAGUGUCA